UUAGAAGACCCGUCCUUGUCUUUAAAUUCCAGCAGCUACAUUCCGGUUGUCGCGUGUCGUCAGUCCAUCCUGGCGCAUCAGCAAAAAUAAGUGUAAGAAUAAUAGUCGCUGGCGCGACUGCGACAGUUUCAGGAUCAGAUCUGUCACCAUCUAGUGGUGAGUGAGCGAAUGUCAGGAUGCCACAGCAGGUCCCUGUCGGUGUUUCCUCCCGAGUCACAACGACUGCAUCCUCUCCCUCUGAGUUACAAUGGACCAUCGGAACAUGCUCUUCAAGCCAAAAUAAGAGUAGAUCAAACGUGAGAGCGUGCAUUUCAACAUAACUGUCCAUCACGGUUCCACAGGUCCAUGAGUGUUUUUUUGAAACCCCGUCAUCCACUAUUGCCGUCGCUGAAACCCCGGUUCGUGACGUAACAUUUAAAUGAUGUCCCUUAUUGUUGUCAUAAUAAAAGCCCUCCGGCAGAUCAGCACUGACUGAGGAUCCAGAGUCGGCGGUGCAUUAUGCAGACUUGACGUAAUUGGCCCCCGGGGGCUGAAGUGUGGGCACAUUCCGUCAGCUGGGGAUCCCAGCUGUCAAUCAAGCAGCACCUUUAUAAGCGCGCGGCGGAGCCGCACCGCCGCGUCUCAGGAUAAACCCGGAGACAGACGGGAGCUGCGCUGUGAUCCUCCACUGGCGAUCGAUGCUGCGUCUGAUGCUCCUGCUGUAGAGUGGGGUAUAAACGCUGAUCCUUUCGGGAAACCUUUGCUUCACCUGUUGACGCUGCUGCUGUGUGAGGAUGGAGAGUCUCAGUGGCAACAGCACGGCGGUGGCCAACGUCUCUGUGGAGAAAUGGUCUGCGACCGACGGCGGCGCUCAGCAGCACCUGGAGCCGGGUGAGCUGCGGCGCCUGGUCCCAGCGGUGCUGGGCGUCAUCUGCGUCCUGGGAGUGGCCUGCAACCUCAUGGCCGCGGCCAUCGUCUGCUCCAGCGCUCACAAGGGGAAACUCUCGCUCAUCAACUCCCUCAUCUUCAACCUGAUGCUGGCUGACGGGCUGCUGCUGCUCUUCUCGCUGCCGCUCCGCGCCGCCUCCUACUCCAGGUCCAGCUGGACUCUGGGCUGGAUGGUGUGCAAGACCUCCGACUGGUUUCUCCAGUCGUGCAUGGCGGCCAAAAGCUUCACCGUGGCUGUUCUGGCCCAAGCCUGCUAUCGCUACGUGUCCAACCCCACCAAGCAGGUGAGCAUCCACCUGGGCUCCAUCCUGGUGCUCCUCUUCUUCGUCUGGGUGUCUGCGUGUGCUGCAGCAACCCCCCAGUGGUUGUUUGCGGCGCUGCAUGAGGGGGUCCCGGGUCCGCUGUGCGUCCUGGCGGUGCCCCCGGAAGCGCAGCAUUUCAUGCUUGUCUACAUCAAAGCCUACCCCCUGGGGGUGUACUGCGCCCCCCUCAGCUGGGCCCUCCUGUACUUCUGGAAGGCGUACGGCCAGUGUCAGCGCCGCUCCAGUCGGACCCAGAACCUUCGGACCCAGAUCCGGUCCAGGAAACUCACGCUCAUGCUCUUCAGCCUCACCGUGGCCAUGGUUCUGCUCUGGCUUCCCCAGUGGGUGGUUUGGGUUUGGGAGCGGCAUCUGGCAGAGACAGAGACUGAAGGAGGGAAGCCUAGUCCCACGCCGCCGCCGCCGCUGCUCUUCACCCUCUUGGCCCAGCUGCUCACCUUCUCUCUGUCCGUGGUCAACCCUCUCAUCGUGCUCUCGCUCUCGGAGGAGUUCAGAGAGGGCUACCGUGGGCUGUGGCGCCGACUCACCCUGCGCAAACAGCUGCCAUCCAAGCCUCACUCCGGACCUCACAAUCCCACCAGUCUGAAGUCCCCCUGCCCCAGACCAGAGACUUCAGGCCAGCUGCUGAGGGACAGCACACCUUUCGCCGCCAACAGCUCAGCCCUGCCGCAGCCAGAGCAGCCGAGGGAGGCGGACGGAACGGUGUUGCCUGAUGUGGAGCAAUUCUGGCACGAGAGAGAGACCGGCGUGAACGGGGACGAGAACGAUCCAGUUCCAUGGGAGCACCAGGGCACAGGAGAAGAAACUAAGAGCUAAUUCCAACGUAUGAAGAACCCUCACUCGUGUGUGACUGUAACGCUGUUUAGAGGAGUCAGGUGUGGAUCAUAAGGAGCAUCCAUGUGUAUAAUAACAUGUCCAUGUCUUGUGAACAUUGAGUGAAGUAAAACAGUUGCCAUCGAGUAUUGAUCACUGUAGCGUAAUAGGUGUCUUGCCUCCACCUCACU